AGAUCUAUGUGCCCUUGAAGGAAAUACCAUCUUGUGGUUGGAAACAGUCUGUCUGCAGUACAUUCUUUGUUUUGCCCUGUUGAAUGAUUGUGGAUUGAGGAAAAUCCUCAAAUUGUGUAGUCUCACCAAACUUCCACCCCAUAGUGCGACUUUGUUUCCCGUUGAGAUGGACAACACCACUGUUCAAAUGGAGGCUUUGACCCAGAUAUGGGCUGUCAGUGCCAGCUACAAAAAUUCCUCUCUGCAGCUACACAACAUCACCCACUGCCCAAAGAAUGACAACUUCAAAUAUCCUCUUUACAGCAUAGUGUUUAGCCUUGUCUUCAUGGUUGGACUCAUAACCAAUGUUGCAGCCAUGUACAUUUUUACUUGUUCACUGAAACUGCGGAAUGAGACCACCACAUAUAUGAUGAAUCUUGUGGUUUCUGACUUAUUAUUUGUGCUCACACUUCCCUUGAGGGUCUUUUACUUCAUCCAACAGAACUGGCCAUUUGGCAGCCUGCUAUGUCAGCUCUCUGUCUCACUCUUUUACACAAACAUGUAUGGGAGCAUUCUGUUUCUAACAUGCAUCAGUGUGGACCGUUUCCUCGCCAUAGUACACCCCUUUCGUUCAAGAGGUCUCCGGACAAAACGCAAUGCCAAAAUUGUAUGUGCUGCUGUUUGGGUUCUCGUGCUUUCUGGAAGUCUUCCAACAGGCUUCAUGCUGAACAGUACUAACAAGCAAAAAAACAACACAAUAGCCUGCUUUGAGAAUUUCUCUUCAAAUCAGUGGAAGAGCCAUCUCUCAAAGGUGGUGAUCUUCAUAGAGACAGUGGGGUUCCUUAUUCCUUUGAUUCUGAACGUGGUUUGCUCCGCUAUGGUUCUCCAAACUUUGAGGAGGCCACAGACUGUUAGUAGAGGAGGGAAGCUGAACAAAAGAAAGAUAUUGAGGAUGAUCAUCGUCCACCUCUCCAUCUUCUGCUUUUGUUUCAUUCCCUACAAUGUCAACCUUGUUUUCUACUCACUGGUGCGGACAAAAUCCUUGGAGGGCUGUGCAGUCGAAUCAGUGGUUCGGACAAUCUAUCCGAUCGCUCUGUGUAUUGCUGUGUCCAACUGCUGUUUUGACCCCAUCGUCUACUAUUUUACCUCAGAGACGAUACAAAACUCCAUUAAGAGGAAAUCUCAGAUUAACCAUUCCUUUGAUGUCAAGUUCUCUGAGGCUUUACGUUCAGAGACAACUAGCUCUUCUUUUCAGUUCAGCCUGAGGUCCAUAAAGAACAAGAUGUUCCACAAUGAGUCUAAUGUAUAAGGACAAGCAUUGAGCAAAUGGAUGUAAAGAAACUGAAUGUACAAAAAGCACUUUGCAGUGGAUGAAAUGGGGCAUAAAACAUGCAAAUGUGCCCUAAUUUGGAUCUGUUAACUCACAGGGCAGUUAAGUAAACUACGCCCUUUUAGAGGGAUUUACCUCCCUCUUUAAGUCAUCCUUCAGCCCAGUACUUGGGGACACACCUGUUUUCAAUGGAAUUAUAUCCAAACAUUUGGAAUACUGUGGAGUAUGAAUAAAACAAAUAUACUGUAAAUCGACUGGAACUUGAUUAAACAAGACAAAAACCUCUAACUAUAUUUGAAUGAACUUACAUUUUCAGAAUGGCAAGUAAAUGUGAAAAUAAUAUAAUGUACAUAACUACUUUUUAAUUAAACCUACAAAACAAAAAAGAAUGAUAUACCAUUUUAUGCAAUGCCACAUGUAAACACAUUGACUGUCUGAAGUGUCAUACUAUUAACAAGCAGAAAACUUUUUUUGGCACUUAUAUAAUACUGUAUAUUAACUUUGCACUGAUACUGACACUGUCAUAAUGUUUUUUUUUUUUUCUGUUACAAACUUCAUUUGAUAAUAAAUUUUUACAAUUUUAGGUAGAGAUGUUUAUUUACAAUAUAUAAUUAUCAGUUCUUCUCCCUAUGUAAUGUCCAUUCAGAAAAGUUUAAAUAUCAUAUUGAAAUACUCAGCAGUUAUGGUUUAAACUGAUACUAUCUAUAUGCCUCUGUAAAUGUACUGCCAUAUUAAUAUAAAAGAUGAAGUUCUGUUGUUAGCUAUUUUAUUUGUCUAAAAUUGACACCAAAAAAAAAAAAAACAGUCUCUUGAAUGCAUUGUAAGAAGAUUGUUUUAAUUGUUCAAUGUGUCAUUAACUGAAUAGUGAAUCAGAUGUGAUUUAUUCACUUUGAUGAAGUGAAGUCCCAUUCAAGAACCUACUUUGUUUUUUAAUUAUUAUUUUUAUUUCAUUUGUUAUUCAGUGUUGUUCUAAAUAUAUAAUCUGCUGCAGGCAAACAUAAAGUGAGGUUUGAAUUAAAUGACGUUGAGAAAUAUCUUUGUAAUUAUAAUUGUAAUUUGUGAUUGUCAAAUAUGUGUAAGUACAUGCGUAUUGCAUCUUUAUAAGAUGAUGCCAUUUGAUCAAUAAAUGGUGAUGAGCAAA